CAAGAAAAAUACACCUGCUGUAUGUGCGCUUUACCAAGAAAUUGAAAUAUAACGAACUGAUCAUCUUGUUUGCCAAGCUCAAAACGAUAGUCAUAAUUUUGUCGCGCUUGUGCUAAAAUGGCGGCGCUUAGCUCAGCUAUCAGAGAGAAGAGGUUUACUCAAGUGAAGUUGCUUCUUGAUAUCGGGGUUGAUAUUAACAGGAAGGAUUCCGACAUGAGGACGGCGCUAAUGCAACUUUGCUUUCUAGAGGACGAAGCUAAAGCGGCGAAGUACGCCAAAAUACUCCUUCAGCGUGGAGCGAAGGUUGGUUUAAAAGACAAAAAUGGACUGACUGCUCUUUCGCACGCUUGUAAGCGAGGACAGGAACAAUUAGUUUCGAUUAUGUUGGAGGAAGCGAGCGAUUUUGAUCUCAAUUCACAAGAUAAGCAAGGAAAUACAGCACUGCAUUACGCCGCAAUGUCCGGUAACUUCGUGGUCUUAAAUCUUCUCCUCAGCAAGUUAAAACGAUUUAAAUUGAGUGUAGACACGCUGAACGAAAAGGGAGAAACUCCUUUGAUCGUGGCGUCGAAGUCGGGAAAUUUCUUUUGCGCGCGAAUUCUCAUAUCAGAAGGAAAAGCUUCAAAAGGAGCUCGGGACUAUGUUGAAUUCAAGACAGCUGACGAGUGGGGAAGGACUAAAGAAAGUAUCCGAUCGGCAUCGAAGUCGCCGCUUUUCCGAGUCAUGCAGCUUCCCCCUCGUUCAUGGAUAGAUUCUACAAGCCGAGGAUCACUAAAUAAUCAUUCACCAUCAAAAAAGAGCAAUGAUAGGCCGAACACCGCUCCGGGGAACCUUUUAAGUCAAGACAACGAGAAAAGUCACCGGGAAAAUCUUAGAGAUCUUUUUCGCGUCUACGAAGGACACGUCUCGGGCGCGUUUCGCCGCGGCGUCAAACCCAGACCAAUUGUGAUCACGGAAUCAAUUUCCAGUCUCACCGAGAGUAUGUCUCAAGACAAUGAACUUGAUGAUGUGUGUGAGCUUCCUUCGUUGGCGGUGUCGCCAAUAUCUGGGCAGAUUUCCCGCCGCUUUAGCAUCAGCAGGGCGAGUAAGUUGGCUGUCGCUACCAACACAGUUUUUAGACGCGCCUCCGUAGCAACCGUAUCGAUGGCCACCGCAAGCAAACCGUUACAAAGACGAGGAUCUCAAUCGCUUGGCGCGGCUACUGGCCGAAGACUUUCCCAAUCAAUGCCAGCGUCACCGAGAAUCCGAAGGGGCUCAAUGAACGUCAUGACGAAGAUUACAAAAGUUGCCGGGCUAACUGUAAAUAAGGACAAGCCGGACAAGAAAAACAAUGUAGUUCACGACGACCCACCUACGAUCUCCGUUACUACGGAUAAACUAUUAGCUAAGCUUCAAACUUUGGCCGAAGAAAGUGAUUUGGAAGAAGACGAGAACACAGAGGAAAUGUUGCAAAGAAGCUCACCAGCAAAUCUUUUUGGACAAAUGUAACUACAAUGGAAGUGAAUAUAGGAAAUAAAAUAAUUAUUGGGUUCCUUGAGACGGACUGAAAAUUCAAUCGGUUAGAAUCAUUUUCGGCAAACUGAAAUGAAAAACUUCUGCUUCCCAAAAAAUUAUUGCAAAUGUAAGGACGGAAAUCGUCAUUGAUAUAAUUAAAUGUUAAAAUCAUUGUUUGCGACUACGGCAACCGUCAUUUAAUCUAUUUGAUUUUGAUUUUAAUUUAGCAAAUGUUUUUUGGCUGGAAUAGUUGUAUUAGACACAAUUAGCAUUGUUCUCGUAUUAUUCUCGAGUUCGUUUAUUAAGUUUCUAGAGACAGAAAAUUCAUCUUGAAAAGCAGUAGCGCAAAUGAAUAUUUCUCGUUUCCAGUAUAACAUUGAAUCAGUUGAUUUUUUUGAGUUUACGUAUUUGAAAUAGUAAAUCAGACAAAACAGGAAAACUAAUCGGCUUUCGGUCAAUCAAAACCAGUCCUCUUUUGACUUGACAUGUAUGACUGACAGCUGAUUCGGUCGUCAAUUUAUCUCCAAUCUCGUUCCCAGUUUCCACCUAAAAUUAAUAAUUAUAUUGCAAAAUCGCCCAGGGUAUAUAAACAAUAGCCCCCAUUUGGCGAGAAAAUACGCUGGGAUAUUUGUCCGCGGACAUUAUCUGUUCCGAGAGGCGAACUUUGAGGAACAGCAAUAUGUCCAAGGACAAAUAAACGAGCAUAUUUUCGCGCCAGAUGGGGGCUAUUGCGUUUAUUAUCCUUCAAAUGGUCUGGAUAAUAGCAGGCAAGUAACAAUUUUUAAGAAAUGAACAACAACUUUAAGUUUAAAACAAGACAUGCUUCGAUCGUUCAACGAUCAUCUUCAGUUGCGAAUUCGUUUACAAGUUCGGUUGAAUUAAUACAAGCAAUGGCGUAUGAGUUAAAACGUGAUACAAUUCAAAAUUUCGAAAAAAUUGACGCACAAUUUUAAGAAGCGCGAGACAUGGAAUAACACUUGCGCGAGCACUACACUUAAUACAAGGAAGAAAAUUGU